AUGCGACAUCCAUUAGAACCGCAUCCAUCGAUUCAGAGAUUUCAGGAAACACCCGUUUCCUCUUCUUAUGACGAUCAGAUAGCUUCACUGCUUGGAAACCAACUGCGUCUUGAUCCCCUUUACGAGGAAAAAUCCAUCGAGGUUCCUCAUCAAGUCAUUAAAGAAGAAUGGAUCGAAGUCCCAAAAAUAGAGGAGCGUGUAGUUGAAGUCAUUGAUGAAGAAGUUGAAUAUGUAGACAAGCCUGUUUACAGAAGGAAGGUAAGCGAUACAAGGAAUGAUUCACGAAAGAUUCCAAAUCAGGAAGUUGAAGAAGUUGUUGAAGUGCCACUUGUUCAAGUCAAACAAAAAAUAGUCGAAAUUCCUGAAACAAGAGUGACAAAGAAGUAUGUAGAAAAGGUGUCAAUUGUGUAUGAAGACAAAGUUCAAAUAGUCGAGAGAAACGUCGUGAAACAGAAGAUUAUUGAAGUAACGCUAAUUGAACACAUCUAUAGAGAUGUUCCGUUGGAGCAAGUCCGAUUCAGACAAAUUCCCGUCGAAAGACGAAUUCCACAGUACUACGAUCGUCCUAUUGUCAAAGUGCUUGACAUUCCUGUUUCAAAAUUGUGGGAAAGAUUUAUUUACAAACCAGUUGAGACACCUCAGUUCACACCAAGGCUCGUAGAUAAGAUUGUGGAACGAAAGGUUUAUCGAGAUGUUCCAAUUGAUCAGUUUCGAGUGGUUCCAAAAGUUGUUCCAACCAUCAAAAAAAUACCACGGCCUUAUCCUGUUGUGGUCGAAAAGAUAGUUGAAGUGGAAUCUGAGGUCGAGGUCCCGUCGGAGCGUGUUGUUCUGGUGCCAAAGAAGGUUGUUCGCCGUGUAGAAAGGCCAGUUGAGGUUCCAAUUGAGGUUCCACGAGAACCAGAGGUUCAAACUGAGGAAGGAUUGAUACCUCUGUCCAGGUGGGAGAUUUUGAAAAACGCUAGGUUAGAAAAAGGGGAUUGCACCGGAUCUUUAGCACGAAAGCCUUGA